AUGCCCCCGACAAUAUUAUCUGAACCUGAUCCUGAAGUUAUAUUUGAUCCACGUGUUAAUAUUGAACUUCCAUGUAUAGGAAAAGGAAAUCCAGCUCCAAUUUAUACAUGGACAAAAGAUGGUCGUUUUUAUGAACCAAGUGCACAAAAUAAUCGUGUUGCUAUGGGUAGUGAUUCAGGUACACUUAUUUUUACUCAAGCACAAACUAUUGAUCAAGGAUGGUAUCAAUGUAAUGCAACAAAUAUGUGGGGUACUGCUGUAUCACGUAAAGUUCGUGUACGUCUUGCUGAACUUGGUGCUUUUCCUAUUUAUGAUAAACCGCAAAUAAUUCAAGUACGACGUGGUGAUUCAUUAAAAAUUCCAUGUAAACCACCAACUGGUGUACCUGAUCCAGAAACUUAUUGGACAGAUAAUACAAAUGCAGGUGAUCAAUUCGGUUUUCUUGUAUCAAAUCCUCGAAUUCAACAAGAUUAUUAUGGAAAUCUUUAUUUUUUAAAUAUAAAAGAUGAAGACGAACAAAAACAAUUUAUUUGUAAUGUUUUUUCACGUAAAUUAAAUGUUAUUCGUCGUGGAGCAUUAACACAAAUACAAGUAAUUAAAUCCGAUCCAAAUAAUCGUCGGCCAAUGAAAUUAUGGACAUCUGAAGCUAAUAAAGUUUUUUUAAAAGGUUAUAAAUUAACAUUAAAAUGUAUUUUUGGUGGUUUGCCAACACCUGGUGUUAUAUGGAGAAAAAUUAAUGGUACAAUACCUGAAAGACGUGCAACUGUUAAUAUGGAAAAACAAGAAUUGAUUAUUAGUGAUCUUGAAUUUGAAGAUGCAGGAUUAUAUGAAUGUCGAGGACAUAAUGAAUUGGGUAAUGAUUUAUUUAGUAUUAAUGUUCGAAUUGAAGCUGAUCCAUAUUGGAUAGUAAAACCAAAAGAUGUUCAUGUAACAGAAGGUGAAACAGUUGAUUUUAUUUGUGAUGCAGAAUCUAAACCACCACCAAAUAAUAUUCAAUGGUUUGUUAAUGGUAUCCCAUUACAAGAUCCAACUCUACCACGUAACCCACGUCGACGUGUUAUUAAAAAUCGAAUGAUCCUACAAAAUGUUACAAAAUUAGAUACGGCUGUUUAUCAAUGUAACGUUACAAAUAUUCAUGGUUAUGUUUUUUCAAACUUUUUUGUUAAUGUUAUUUCGGAAAAACCAGAAAUUCAACGUGGUCCAGAUCCAUUAUAUCGAGCUGUUGAAGGGCAAAAUGUUCUUCUGCCAUGUGAAACAUUUGGUGCUCCAAUGCCAAAAGUUUAUUGGAGUAAACGUGAUCAAGUUAUAACUGGUGGAAGGUAUACGAUAUUAGCAGAUGGAAGUUUAAUGAUACGUGAAGCAUCAGCAGCGGAUAGUGGUACAUAUGUAUGUAAUGCAACAAAUAAAUUCGGUUCGGACGUACGUAGUGGAACAUUAAAUGUUAAACGAAAAACUCGUAUACAAACUCAUCCAGGAAAUCAAGAAGUACGUCGUGGUUAUUAUGCUAUAUUUCGUUGUACAGCUGUUGCCGAUACAUCAUUAACAUAUGAUAUUGAUUGGUAUAAAGAUGGACGUUUACUUGCUUAUACAGGUCGUUUUAUAAAAGAUAUUGCUGAUCAAAAUACAUUAAAAAUUGUUGAUGUACAAUUUGAUGAUGGUGGUUCGUAUGUAUGUCGUGCAAGUACAGAACUUGAUUUUGAUGAAGCAAGUGCAACAUUAGUUGUACAAGAUCGACCCAAUAGACCAAGAAUAACAAAAGUUAAUUGUAGUGGUUCUGCACAAAAUGCAUUUGGACAACCAUUUGCUAUUGUUCAAUGGGAAGCAACAGGUGAUAAUAAUGCACGAAUACUUUAUUAUGAAAUACAAUAUAAUACGUCAUUCCAGCAAAAUGAUUGGAUAUCUGUACCAGUUGAACGACGUCAAGAAACUUAUAAAGAAAUUAAAUCACAAGAUGGCUCAAUUAAAUUAGAACCAGAUGCCAGAAUUUAUCGAACAACACGUCUUCCAUCAAAUCAAUAUGAUUUACGUGUAACAUUAUCAUGUUGGGCUAAUUAUACAUUUCGUGUUAUUGCCUAUAAUCGUAUUGGUGCUAGUGAUCCAAGUGCAAUAUCAGAGUCCAUGUGUUCAACAACAACAUGUCGACCAAGAUCAAAUCCUGUUGGUGUGAAAGCAUAUACAACGCAAUUUGUACCAUUACUUAUUGAAUGGGAUAGUAUGCCUCCAAUAAAAUGGAAUGCACCAAAAUUUUGGUAUGAAGUUGGUUGGCGUCCAUUUGCUCCAGGUCUUAAUCCAGAACCAUUUAUGACCCAACGUGUUUAUCCACCACAAAAUCGAUUUGCUAUACCGAAUCCAGUUCUUAAUAUGCGUUAUCAAUAUUAUGUUAAAGCGGUUAAUCAACAACCAGGAGAAAUUAAUGGUGCUGAUGCAAAUGACCCUAUAAUCUUUUAUUUUGCAUUUGCUGGUGAUUCGGGUAAUUAUGAAACUAUUUCUUUUACUUCUUUAUCUUCAUCAUGGCGAUAUAUAACAUCGUCACAAAAAUCUACGACAAUGCGAACAAUGUUACUACAACGUAAACAUCAUCCUAAUCGUCGUUGUAGUCGACGAAAAACAUCUUGUCCAACAAAUACCCUUUCUUCACUUUCGGAUUAA